AUGAACGUUGACCAAUCCAGCAGGCCAGCAGCGGCUGACGACGAUGGAGCGGAUCAGAUCGGCUUUGAAACGCCCCGCUCGGGCGUGGCAACUCCCAAGCCCGACCUUCACGACAGACGCCUCCCAGGUAUUAUGAGCUACUUUGGCCAGGUUCGUACACAUUCUGUUCUAGGUCGUUCCUCGUCCACUAUGACGGUUCGAGACAUGAGCCAGAAGCGACGCGGUGAAUUAGAAAGGGGUGUGUCGGAGGAUGUUGCGCGUGCCUCGGCCUCGGCCGUUUCCAAGCCCAAGAUGACUUCCCUUGAACCCUUGUCUCCACUGUCCCCCCAUCACGACGACUUUCGAGGUAGCUCGCCUGUGGCUGCGCCCAGUUCCUUGACUCUCUUUCAUGGCUACCCGACUCCUCCGAUGUCCAGAUGUUCGUCGGUCGGGCGACUGACCAGAAGUCUGUCCCGCUGGAGCGGCGGGGAUCGAGGGGACGCUACUGCGCAUUCGCCGUCGCGGUCCCUUUCCCGCCAGGCGAGCACACCUGAUGCCCUUCUGAAAACCUACAGCCCCAUGGUGUCAUGCCUUUCAAGCGUCGUCACAGCAUCAGCUGUGCAUGCAGCCCACCUCUCCAACCCCAGCGUGUCCUCCCAACAUGCCACACCUCCGUCUUCAGCUCAUACCCCAGCUAGUUCAAAGCCCGUUGUCUCCAGCGUGGAAACAUCUUCUUCGCUUGAUGCGCUCAGAAAGCUAACACAAGUUGCGGUUGUCAAGAGCGGUCCGCCGACGCCCACAAGGGCACUCUCGUCAGCCCAGCCGUCGCAGUCGGAAGACAAGCUGGGAUCGAAGCGAAGCAGUAAUGAGACGGGGACGUCCAGCCCCACGCAGACGCCACAGGCUUCGGGCGGAGCCCAGGUUCCUGCUGCCAAAGGAAAGCUCACCAUCAAGAUUGUGGAGGCGAGAGGUUUACGAAAGGCUAGAGACCCCUACGUUAUCGCGGUCUUCCAGAGGAGCGAGCUCAUCUCCGCCGGUUCACGGUCUGUUCAGGAGGACGAUGACGAGGCCACGGCGCCACCCUCUCUCGGAGCUAUCCCGAUUCAACGCCAGGGAAGCGACUCUGGUCGGCCACCGGUUUCCAUCCCCAUGCGCAGCCGCCAGAGCAGCAACACGAGCCUUGCCGAUUACAACAACUUCCGCAACCGACCCAAGCGAUCCUUCACGAGUCCGACGUGGGAUGCCGAGGCCGCCUUCGAUGUUGUCGAUUCCGAUAUGCUUGUCGAUGUCUCGGUCUACGACCACAGUCCCAGCGGCGAAACAUUCCUGGGUCAUGUCAAUUUUAAUGCGUCGAUGGAUGCUCCCGUACGAGGGUGGUACCCUCUCACUGGCCAUGCCGACACCAUGGCGGAAAACGCCCCGACGGGCGAAAUAUACGUUGAAGCCGCCUACCAGCGGACGGAUCGCAAACAUUUCGGGCCGGAAGAUUUCCAAAUCCUUCGGCUGAUCGGCAAGGGAACCUUUGGCCAGGUUUACCAGGUGCGGAAGAAGGACACGGGUCGGAUAUAUGCCAUGAAGGUCCUAUCGAAGAAAGUCAUUGUCCAGAAAAAGGAAGUCGCCCAUACUGUCGGCGAGAGGAACAUUCUCGUCCGGACUGCCAUGACGGAAUCGCCGUUCAUCGUGGGCCUCAAGUUCUCAUUCCAAACGCCCUCGGAUCUCUAUCUGGUUACCGACUACAUGUCGGGCGGAGAGCUCUUCUGGCACCUGCAGAAAGAGGGCCGAUUCGACGAGAAACGAGCCAAGUUCUACAUCGCCGAACUCAUUCUCGCGAUCGAACAUCUGCAUAAAAACGACAUCGUGUAUCGCGACCUCAAGCCGGAAAAUAUUCUUCUCGACGCCAAUGGUCACAUCGCGCUGUGUGAUUUCGGCCUGUCCAAGGCGAACCUCACCAAGAACGAUACGACGAACACGUUCUGUGGUACGACAGAGUACCUCGCCCCCGAGGUACUUCUCGACGAGUCGGGCUACACCAAGAUGGUGGACUUUUGGUCACUGGGCGUCCUCGUCUUCGAGAUGUGCUGUGGGUGGAGCCCGUUCUAUGCGGAGGACACGCAGCAGAUGUACAAGAACAUCGCCUUCGGCAAAGUGAGGUUUCCUAGGGAUACUCUCUCACAGGAAGGGCGGAAUUUUGUCAAGGGGCUUCUCAACAGGAACCCCAAGCACCGACUUGGCGCGACAUUAGAUGCAGAGGAGCUCAAGCAGCACCUCUUCUUCGAGGACAUCGACUGGGUUACGCUCUCGAAGAAGCUGAUUACCCCGCCAUUCAAGCCCAAGUUGUCAUCUGCCACCGACGUCUCCUAUUUCGACCCGGAGUUCACCAAUGCCUUGGACAACAACGGAUCCUUGAAUGAGAGGGCGGCCGCAUUGGCCAAGGGACUGACGACUUCCACUCCCCUCUCUCCUUCAGUCCAGGCCAACUUCCAAGGUUUCACAUUCGUGGACGAGAGCGCUCUCGACGAUCACAUGCGCGACAGGCGCCGAUACGACGACGAAGAUAUGCAUGAUGCUCAUGGCCACCGCCGAGAUGACGACGAUUGGGAUGACUUGGGAGACGUCGCCCCUCGGCGGGGCAACCGAAUGAGCGGCAUCGAGGGCACGAACGAUAACGACAGCAGUGAUACGCACGAUGACCCGAUGAUCGGCAAUUCGCACUUCGACGACUAG